AUGGCUAGUUGUCUCAAUACACCGGUGCGUCGAAUUGGGGAAAGCCGCGAGGCUGGGCAUAGGGGAAAAGACAUUGAGAGCCAGUGCGAUGACCUGACUCAGUGCCUAUAUGAGCUAGCCAAACUGCAAGACUCGAUUCGGAUGAGCUUGGCUAUCAGGAACAAGGGCCCUGAAGCUGAUCUUCACGAAUGGAUAAAGAAGCACAACGAGAGUUUCUCUGCAGAAGACAGUCUUUCAUCGACAACCGCGGACAGGGCUUCGCAUAGCUCUAGUGACGAGCAGUGCUCGGGGUGCCAAGAAUGGUUUCCGGCAUAUGUACUAUCUUUUCACAAAGAGAACUGCAAAGAUACUCAGACAAAGUAUGGCUCGUCUGGAACCCUCUCAACUGAGGGAAUAUAUCGGAACUUGGAAGAGGCCUCGAAAGAUGAGCUGCAUAUCCCAACAGAGGCAUUAUCCUCCAUGCCACCAGUUGGCAACUCUAUGUUGAUGAUCCCGGAUUCGCAUGCGGCGGCCACUGGUUCAGAACCGCAGGGAGAUGUGGGAAAUGACCAUGAAAUGUCUGCGAAAGACGACUCUUUUCAAAUUCCAGCAGAGGCAUCAUCAUCCGAGGCAACAGCAAAAAGGUCCUUCAGCAACACUUCCGCGUUCUUUCGUCUGGCAGCUCGUGCAAGAGAGGAGAGAAAGACGGGAAAAUCCCCUGCUAUACCAGGGGACAACGAACCCGUUGAGUCGCGACCACAUCCUCAGAAAUCGCCUUUCCAAGAGUGUCCUCUAGAAGAACUUUCUAAUUAUGAAACGUUCCAAGCAGCAACCGCGGGCCUUCGCAAAAAGCUUAUUUCCCAGGAGCGACGACAAAGAACUCAGUAUCAGAUAUUCAGUGUUGCGUUUAACUUGCUUUCAAUUACGCAAGUCUUGAUAGGGGCCACUAUUACUGCCCUAGGUCCAUCAGGAGGUGAGCACAUAUUGGCAAUCACAAUUCUAGGGGCCUUUAUCACCUCAAUCGCCGGGCUACUAGCUCUGCUCAGGGGGAGAGGGCUUUCGCAGCGGCUUAGGGGAAACAUGACCGAAAUAGCAAAAGUCUUAGCCCACAUUGAAGAGCAGACGAUCCUAUUGAGAUACGGCAACAGGAAAGAUUCAAAUGAUAAAAUUGAUGAUCUGAUCGAAGAUACGCUAAAGCGAUAUGCUAUUGCGGAGGACAUCAUCAAAAGAAACCAGCCAGAUAUAUAUGCGGUUGGAAAUGUGUCCCAAACCCCUUCAAACGCUACAGAGACGGAAUGCACUUUGAGUCAAAAGUUAAAAAGAAGCACGACAAGGGGAAAGAGACGUGCAGCAGAUGAAGAAAUGGGAACUGAUGAUCUGAUCCACCUAUAA